AUGCACAAAGAUGAGAACGUACUCGAUCUCGUAGAAAGAUCGGUAUGGCGUCCCAGGCGAGCCGACUCUCCCAUAGAGGGUAAAACGACUGUUACACCCCUGGACAUUGGGUCAACAGUAGCUGGCAUGGAGAUUCCCUUCUCCAUAAGCCCAACGAUGGGCAACAUCUCUAUGAUGGACUUUCCCAUGAUACAGGAUGCCAGAUACCUAUCUUCGCCAAGCCAGGACUCAUUGUUUGUGCCUAAAGCACAGCCACCACCUCGGCUCUCUGGACCUGGGUUUACUUCCGCACCACACAACAGUCGUGUUCAGAAAACGUCGAAGAUGACUCGUUCUCGGCACAAUGCACCGGGGAUACAAGAUGCUCUCUCCACUAUCAAGGCCGCUCCUGGCGCGUCUGGAAGUAACCACGUCAAGAUUCAAAAGUCCUCACAGGGUUCUUCUUUAUCCAACGCACCCCAGACUAAGGCUGAGCAGCAAGCGCUAGAGCUCAAGAGGAAGUCUGAACAACGCUUGCAUUCGCCGGAGCCUGUGGAUAUUGAGAGUCGCAUACUAGAGUUGCUGCAAAAGGUCAAUCGCGACGAUAGAUCCAGGAGGCCGUCCAAGUCUGAGAAGAAUGAUGCAUUGUUAAAGAUGAUGGCUGAGCUUGUCAACAAAGGCCCAAGAACCCCCGACACAGAACAGCGUCGCUCCAGCAAGAGCUCUUCAAACAAUGACAAGACAUGUCCGAUGUCUGGCUGCGAAUUUGCGGUCGCUCGUGAUUGCGAUCUGCGUAAGCAUAUCAAGCGACAUAACAGGCCUUAUGGAUGCACAUAUCCCAAGUGCCACAAACGCUUUGGCGCAAAGUCAGAUUGGAAGCGCCACGAGAACAGUCAGCAUUUCCAGCAGGAAGCCUUCCGCUGCGGCCAAGAACUUCAGACAGGUCAGGUCUGUGGUGUGCAUCUAUACCGCGAAGGAGCGUUCAAGAACCACUUAGAGAGGGAGCAUAAGAUGGCGUGUGAAGUUGCUCAAGAGCGUGUCAACCUCCGCAGGAUUGGCAAGAACUGCCAAGGUACCUUCUGGUGUGGCCUGUGCAAAGACAUAGUGCGACUCAAAGAGCGACGCAAUGCAGCUUGGGAUGAGCGGUUUGAUCACAUCGCGCGUCACUUCGAGAAGGAGAGGAGAAAUAUCGAUGACUGGAUCUGUGCUGAAGAGAAUCGACCGAAGAAAGAGCUGCUCGAAGAGAAGAAGAAACGAGACUACUUUGACGAUGAGGACGAGAGGGACAAGGACGGCGAUGUGGAUGCUCCUGGAGAUGUGGAUGACGAUGUUCCACAGCCGCACCCGUCGCAGCCUCCUCCAAACAACAUGCCCAAGAUGCCGAUGUCAAGCCAUGCAUCGAUGCGGCCCUCGCCACUUGCAGGUGAUAUCGCGCUAGGAACUGCAGUAAAACGACAGCGUUCAGAAGAUUCGGCAUAUGGCGAACGACACCCAAAGCGAAGACAAAAGACCCUAGUAACAAAUCGCUAUUCUCUCGAGAAGUUCCGUGACGCGGCCUUGCGACCAACAACCUCACCUUCCUUAACUUCUCCUGCAAACAUGGCCGCCGCCGUAGAUGACGGGCAGCUUCUCAAGCAGGCGACCGGCCGCAAUACUCGAGGCUUGCUCCGGGUCAUUAUCCUGUGCCUCAUCGCUGCCGCCGCCGUAAGCAGUCGUCUGUUCUCCGUAAUCCGCUUUGAGAGCAUCAUCCACGAGUUCGAUCCGUGGUUCAACUUCCGAGCGACGAAAUACCUGGUACAGAAUGGCUUCUACAGCUUCUGGGACUGGUUCGACGACCGAACAUGGCACCCUCUUGGACGAGUCACGGGUGGUACUCUCUACCCCGGACUGAUGGUCACCAGCGGUGUCAUCUACCACGCCCUCCGCGCUCUCGCCAUGCCCGUCGACAUUCGAAACAUCUGUGUCCUCCUCGCGCCUGCCUUCUCAGGUCUUACCGCGCUCGCGACCUACCUCCUGACCUCCGAGAUGGUCCCGUCGCCCUCGGCCGGUCUGCUCGCCGCAGCCUUCAUGGGCAUCACCCCCGGUUACAUCUCGCGAUCCGUCGCUGGAAGUUACGAUAACGAGGCCAUUGCCAUCUUCCUGCUCGUCUUUACCUUCUUCCUGUGGAUCAAGGCAGUCAAGCUCGGAUCCAUGUUCUGGGGUGCAUUGACUGCGCUGUUCUACGGAUACAUGGUGUCAGCGUGGGGUGGAUACGUCUUCAUCACCAACUUGCUGCCCCUGCACGCUUUCGUCUUGAUCUGCAUGGGACGAUACAGCCCGAGAUUGUACGUCAGCUACACUUCGUGGUAUGCGCUCGGUACGCUUGCGAGUAUGCAGAUUCCCUUCGUCGGUUUCCUGCCUAUCCGCAGUAGCGAGCACAUGUCCGCGCUCGGUGUCUUUGGCCUCCUCCAGCUGGUGGCCUUUGUCGACUGGGUUCGCGCACAGCUUCCCGGCAAGCAGUUCCAGACGCUGCUCCGCGCUCUGGUUCUGAGUGUCUUCCUCAUCGGUGUCGGAGGACUGGUGCUUCUCACCGUCUCUGGUGUCAUUGCGCCCUGGACUGGCCGUUUCUACUCGCUCUGGGAUACCGGAUACGCCAAGAUUCACAUUCCCAUCAUUGCCUCCGUUUCCGAGCAUCAGCCUACCGCAUGGCCCGCUUUCUUCUUCGAUCUCAACAUGAUGAUCUGGCUCUUCCCCGCCGGUGUCUACCUGUGCUUCCGCACUUUGACCGACGAGCAGGUCUUCAUUGUCAUCUACGCUGUGCUCGCCAGUUACUUCGCUGGUGUCAUGGUCCGUCUCAUGCUCACUUUGACUCCCAUUGUCUGCGUUGCAUCGGCAAUCGCUUUCUCGCAGAUUCUCGACACCUACCUCGACGUCAAGACCCCCAAGCCCGUCACCGAGAACGGCAGCACCGAUACCGCUGCAGUCGCUGCUGCAGCUAUCCUUCCCGAGGGUCUCCGAUCUACACGCAACCCGCUCGUCGGCAUCUACUCGUAUGCCUCCAAGCUUACCGUCGCCGGAACCGCCGCCAUCUACCUCAUGCUGUUCGUUCUGCACUGCACAUGGGUCACUUCGAACGCCUACUCUUCGCCCUCCGUCGUGCUCGCAUCCAGACUUCCUGACGGUAGCCAACACAUCAUCGAUGACUACCGUGAGGCAUACUACUGGCUCAGGCAGAACACCCCCCAGAACGCCAAGAUCAUGUCCUGGUGGGACUACGGAUACCAGAUUGGUGGUAUGGCCGACCGCCCAACCCUUGUCGACAACAACACCUGGAACAACACGCACAUCGCUACCGUCGGUAAGGCUAUGAGCUCCAGGGAGGAGGUCAGCUACCCCAUCAUGCGUCAACACGAGGUUGAUUACGUACUGGUCGUCUUUGGUGGUCUACUUGGCUACUCUGGGGACGACAUCAACAAGUUCCUCUGGAUGGUCAGGAUUGCCGAGGGUAUCUGGCCCGAUGAGGUCAAGGAGCGCAACUUCUUCACUCCACGAGGCGAGUACCGUGUGGACGAGGAGGCCACCCCCACUAUGAAGAACAGCUUGAUGUACAAGAUGUCCUACUACAACUACAACGCGCUGUUCCCCGCCGGACAAGCCCAGGACCGUGUCCGUGGCGCGCGCCUUCCCGCACAGGGCCCCGAGCUCAGCACCAUCGAGGAGGCCUUUACCAGCGAGAACUGGAUCAUCAGGAUCUACAAGGUCAAGGAUCUUGACAACUUUGGUCGCGACCAUCAAAGCGCCGUAUCGUUCGACAAGGGCCACAAGAAGAAGCGGUCCACCAAGAGGAAGGGACCUAGGGUAUUGAGAGUUGAGUAG